AUGCCGAAAACGAAAAAGCAGCUAUCAAAAGAUGCAGAUGAGGAGUUCAUGCCUGGUCCUUCCUCUCAGGCCUCUGCAUCACAGGCCCACAGCACUCAGGCUGAGAAGGCUGUAGCCAAUAUGGACCCUGCUGACCGAGAAAAACGACUUCAUGAUCUUGUACAGUAUCUUCUCAUCAUGGACCAGAAAAAGCUCCCCAUAAAGAAACAGGAUAUAAACAAGCAUGUGUUGAAGGAACAUCGUGGAGCCUUCCCUGUGAUGAUGCAGAAAGCAGGAGAUUCACUUUUGGAGGUGUUUGGUAUUGAGCUAGUGGCUCUUGAGGACAAACUGAAAGGCUCAUACAUCCUUGUCAACAGAGUAGACACUGAUACAGAGGACUUGGAAAAUAGGGAGGGACAAGCUGGACAGGACUUCACACCCGUGGAAUGGCCUGAGGAAGAUGAUGCUAAGACCGGGCUUCUUAUGGUCAUCCUCAGUCUCAUUUUCAUGAAUGGACAAGUCAUGUUGGACUCUUACAUGUGGCACACACUAAAAAAACUUGGAAUUGACACAGAUUUCAACCAUGAGGUGUUUGGGGAUGUCAAGAAGUUGAUUACACAGGAGUUCUCCAGACAGUGCUACCUAGAGUAUACUCGCCAGCAAAACUCCGACCCUCCAGUUUAUGAAUUCAGAUGGGGACAAAGAGCCAAGCAGGAAAUAUCCAGAAAGAAUUGUCUGGAUUUUGUCAGUCAGCUGUAUGGACGUGACCCUGAGCAGUGGACAUCGCAAUGGCAAGCUGUAUUGGAGGAAGGAGAGGUCUCAGCCAGUGCAUCACAGGAAUGACAGAGAGACAAAUGUAAUGAGAAAGCUAGGAAGAUACAGAUGGAAUGACAGAGCUGGUAAGAGACAAAUAAAAAGAGAAAACUAGGAAGAUACAGAUGGAAUGAUAAAGUUGGGAAGGGACAUAUGGAAUGACAGAGCUGGUAAGAGACAAAUAAAAAGAGAAAGCUAGGAAGAUACAAAUGGAAGGACAAAGCUGGGAAGGGACAUAUGGAAUGACAGAGCUGGUAAGAGACAAAUAAAAAGAGGAAGAUACAAGUGAGUGAAAGCUUGAAAGGGACAGGUGGAAUUCCAGUUUUGAAUGAACACAUGGAAUGACAAAAUGGGAAGAAAAGAUGGAAAGACAGAACUGUAGAGGACAAAUGGAAUGACAGGAUUGUAAAGGACAGAUGGAGUGACAGAACUACAAAGGACAGAUGGAGUGACAGGGGGAUAACGAAAAAAAUAUGGAAGAUUGAAACAGACUGGACACUUCUAAAAGGUGAAGUGACCAUAGACUAACUGAUAAAAGGGAAAGACAGAACAAUUGAACUAAUAAAGAAGUAGCAUGCAGAUGAUAGAGCUGAUAAUGAACAGAUGGGUCACAGAUCAUAAUGUUACAUUGUGAUAUAUAGAGGAAUCAUUGGUAGGUGAAGGGAGCCAAUCAAGAUUUGAAUUACAAUGCUGAUACAAUGUUUCAUAGUGACAAAAAGGAAAUUAUGUAAAGAGGUGUUUAAAUGACCAGAGAUCUACUUCAUAUACUGGUACAUGUAUUUUAUACGGUCUCAUGUAAUUUUUAUACAUUGUAUUACAGAAGCAAUAGGAUUUGAAGGAAGUCUGUUUAUUUAUUCUUUAAUCUGAAAGUAAGAUUUUGAGUUGAUGUUACUGACAUUGUUAAUUGAUAUUCCUGAUGUUAAAAUGAAAGAGUUUUAACAGGAAAAAAAAACUGUUAGAAUGAUCAUUUACUUGGAAGAUGCUACUUUUAGGAAAUAUAAGGAUUUUAAAUUAAUGCAUGUGUUCUUUUAAUGGAUGAAGUCCAUUGGUAUUUUGUUGAUCAGUAAGAAUUUACCAGGUAUGAGAGGUGUAUGAGUGAAUGUUGUAGAGUAUAAAUGAGAAAAUGAACAAUAAUAUUAUGAAACGUUAAGUUUUACUUCAUGAUUUUGAUGGAGUGUGCUUGUUGAUUGGACAAUUCCAAGAUAAUUAUCUAUGUUCAAAUAGAAUGUUGUUAAAUAAAUCCAUUUAUUUUA